CGUGCGCGUUUCACAAAACAGUUUAAAUUUUUUUCCCAUUAAGCAUCUUUGUUUUUAUUAAAGUAAAUUGGUUUAGAAAAUCUACAUCUUCCUUGGGAAAAAACGAAGACGAACAUAGUAUGGAAGGAUUGCCGAAGCUACCGGGUAACGAUUUUGCUAACCGCUUGCGACAAAAGCAUCAUGUACCGCAGAGCUUCAAGUACAUCAAUGGCUAUCCGAUCCCGGUACGACCCGAGUGUGGUCUCGGUGGUGAACGGUUGAAUGAAGAUUCGAUUCAAUUCUGUCCCGAGCCGAAUGGCGGCGGAAACAACACGGUUCUGUACGACCCUAUCCUGACGUACGGCCGGGUACGCCACCUUCCGGUGAAACCCUACCGGCCACACUUUGUACUGUACGAUCAGAAAACGCUCAAGUUCAAUGCGUUCUUCCGGCAAGCGGUCCCCGAGUCGGCGACCGAAACGUACCGCAUCCGGUACGUGCACAUACUGUACUUCCUCGAGGAUGACACGAUGACGGUGCUGGAGCCGACCAUCGAAAACUGUGGCUAUCCGCAGGGUCGGCUAGUGCGCCGGGGCAAGAAGCUGAAAAAUGUGAACCGGGAAGAAUUUUACCACUGGAAGGACCUAAACAUCGGUAUCGAUGUGGAAAUGCACGGUUACGUUUUCCACAUUACCGAUUGCGAUGCGUACACGAAAGAGUUUCUGCUGAGCAACGGGAUAGAGCUGAACGAGAUCGAACUGCUGCCACCGGAUCCGGCCAUGAACGAGCGCUCGAUCAGCCAGCGGCAAACGUUCCGGCAUCACAAAAUGUACCCAGUGCCGGACGAUAAGCUGCGCAAGUAUCUCGAGUAUCAGGGGAAAGUGCUGCACUUCGAUUGUGUAUUGGAUGAACGGGACCGCGAAGGUGGCGAACUGAUGACGUACAAACUGUUCUAUUAUCUUGAAGAUGAUACCGUAUCCAUAAAAGAGCUUAAGGAAAAUCAGGAGGGACGGGACUAUUUCCCGAUGCUACUUCGCAAGCAAAAACUGCCCAAGAACUGGAAAGAAAAUCCAGUUUCUCAUCCCUCCAUUUUUCUCGAGAAAAGUGAUGCCGAGGUGUCGGAAUACUAUUCCCCCAAGGAUCUGAUCGUCGGCACCACCAUCUUUGUGUAUGGACGCAAGUUCCUGCUGCUGGACUGUGAUGGGUUCACCCGUUGCUACUACGAAAAGGCACUCAAGCUCGUCCAACCGGACCGGGUGCGGUUGGACAGCUCGCCCAAACGUGCCCCACGGUUAGAGGUGCCGAGCUACCUCGGUCUCGGUACACCCGAAGAUUCGCUUGCCUCGUACCACAGUCUCGUACCGAAGAGUCCGAAAAAAGACGUCAUCACGUACUUGGUGAACGUAAACAAAUUCCUCCGGUACGGGUGCGUUCUGGAUACUGCCCAUCCCGAGGACAAGAUACGCAAAUUUGUGCUGAGCCUGUCGCUUGCGGACGGUACCAUUACCAUCAUGGAAUCUUCGAUAGACAAUUCGGGUAUACGGGGAGGACGGUUCCUAUCGCCACGCAAAGUUUGGCUGCCCGGUUGCAAUCCCGACGAGCCGGAGUACUACACGGCGAAGGAUUUCUACAUCGGUGCGAUUGUGGUGGUGUUUGCGCAUCGGUUUAAAAUUGUCAGUGCAGACCUGUACGUGUACCGGUACAUGCAGGCGCAUCCGGAAAUAUUUUCCUCAAUGGCAAUCGAUAGUGUGCGCAAUUAUCUGCUGUCCGAAGGACACCUUAAAGACGAUCUACGGCAGGCAACUGAGGAAGAGUACAAAAAGCUGGACGCAUCAUCUCCAAACGGUGAAGCAACUGAUCAGGAUGAAGUACAGAAACGGCUGACCGGAUUUGAUAUAGCCGACCCGAAAGCACCCUCACCAUUGCCGGUAUCGUCACCAGCACGUGGUUCACCUGUCCCGCACACUACGGAUACUACAGUUCAUCCCACACCCGAUGCUACUGGCCAUCCUUGCCCGCAUCCCAUCAUUCCCGAUGAAGAACUGCGAAAGGCGUACCACACGAACGAACCGGAUGAACUAGCCAUCCAGGCGUACCGUGUGCCGGAAGAUCAACCAUUCUCACCACAGGGUUCCCCAACACACGGAACGAAAAAGGGUUCGAAAACGGUACGAUUUCAAGAUGACUGCUGAACGGAAUUACCUUUAGGAUGGUCGCUCGGAAGCUGGUGUAGAAUAUUGCAACGAACUACAAGGAUAUUUGAAAGGAUAAUUCGCGCACAUACACACACACAGAACACUAACCACACGCGCACACUACCGACACAUACACUCCGAAUCCGCGCACACGCAGCUACUUCGCGUCAGCUGUUCACGUACACUGUUUGUUUACAUUUUGUGCCGGCAUCGAGCAAAGCACGUACACACAGCCAUCCGCCGCCGUACGUCAACCAAAUGUCAUCGUACAGGGUGAUCCAUAUUGGAAGCGGAAUUUUAUUUGAAUAUGGCUGAUUUUAGCUCGAUGGAGAAGCAUCGCAUAGUGAAAUUGAUCUACAAUUUCGGAACAAUGUGUUUUUACAAUAUAAAUUCACUGUAUUAAG